GGCUCAAACUUGAACAUAAACUUUGUACUAGGGGGUUCCUUGUAUGUGUGCAUGGGGCCGGGUGAAUGUUGUGACUCAGUGGGUCAGCUCACUCUCCCCCCAGAUCCUGUAGGGUAGAGUCAGUGUGGCAGUGGGAGAGAGAAUGAGAGAAGGCUCAGCUGGGUACAGACAUCUGGGCACGUGAAUCCUUCCCUUAGGCCCGCCCGCCUUCAAACAGCCACCAGGGGCUGGGGGUGUGUAACUUCACCUCCCUGUGCCUUGGAUUCCUCAUCUGGAAAAUGGGGUAAUAAUAGUGCCACCCCUAAAGGGUUAUUUUGGGGAUUUAAUGAGUCGAUCCCUGUUAAAGUACUUAGAACUGUUCCUGGCACGUAGUGGGUACUCAGUAUAUUUAUUCAUUCAACAAGUAGUUACAGAGUAUCUAUUAUGUGCUAGGCAUUAUUCUUUGUAAUAAUGGUUUGGUAUCACCAUUUUACAUCUUAAUACAUUUCAGAUCCUCUUUGAGGAAUGAAUGAAUUUAUUGAACAACUACUAUCUGCCAGGUACCUUUAAAAAUACUACCGUAUGUGCUCAUUUAAUUCUCACAAUAAUCCAAUUUUUACAGGAUUCUAAAAUCAUCCUCAUUUUCCAGAUGUGAAAACCAAGGCCCAGAAAAUUUAGGUCAAGAAUCAGGGUCCAACCCAGAAGUUGUGGCUUCAGCUCCUAACUAUCCCUGUUGCUCUCAGGCCUGCGGAAGGGGUUGAGCAGGGUGGGGUCAAUGUGUGAAUGACAGCCCCGAGUGGGACAGAACAGGGCUCCUAGAGCCAGGAGGGCGUAGGGAGGUGGUGAGGGGGUGGUGUCACUAAGCCAGGCGUCUGUGUGUGUGUGUGUGAGCGCGGGCAUGUUGGUGGGACGUCUGUGUGGUGGGACACCUGCAAGGUGUUGCUAAGUCUCCUAACAUUGAAGUGUUUGUGUGAGUGUAAAUGUAUGUGAGCCUGUGUGCAGGUGGGAAUGGGAGUGUGCGUGAGUCUACGUAGGAGGCUGAGAGUAUAUGUGUGAACGUGUCAACUGCUGGUGCGUGCGAGUCCGUGUGUGCGUGUGUGAGCGUCUGCCCGGGAGGCCAGGCUGCUGUGCAGGAGCGCUGGUGAGAGACUGCGCCCUCGUGGCCCCUCCUCUGUACCCUUUCCUGAGGGGUCAACCCGCCCCAGGGCCUGGGACUACCACUCCCAGCAUGGCCCGGGUGGGCCCGCCCCGCCGUCGCGAUUGGCUGUGGCUCCGGUGCUCCCGCCCCCCGGGAAUGAAUGGAUGGGCGGCCUCAGCGCCCGCCCGAGCGCUGGGAGGACCGACCCGGCGGGGACCCGCUGGGGGCAGGACCCGGGGAGCAAGAUGGCCACGGUCAUCCCCGGCCCCCUGAGCCUAGGCGAGGACUUCUACCGCGAGGCCAUCGAGCACUGCCGCAGCUACAACGCGCGCCUGUGCGCCGAGCGCAGCCUGCGCCUGCCCUUCCUCGACUCGCAGACCGGCGUGGCCCAGAACAACUGCUACAUCUGGAUGGAGAAGACCCACCGCGGGCCUGGUUUGGCUCCGGGACAGAUCUACACCUACCCCGCCCGCUGCUGGAGAAAGAAACGGAGACUCAACAUCCUGGAGGACCCCAGGCUCCGGCCCUGCGAGUACAAGAUCGACUGUGAGGCUCCCCUGAAGAAGGAGGGCGGCCUUCCAGAAGGGCCGGUCCUUGAGGCACUACUGUGUGCUGAGACGGGGGAGAAGAAGAUUGAGCUGAAGGAGGAGGAGACCAUUAUGGACUGCCAGAAACAACAGCUGCUGGAGUUUCCGCAUGAUCUUGAGGUGGAAGACUUGGAAGAUGACAUUCCCAGGAGGAAGAACAGGGCUAAAGGAAAGGCAUACGGCAUCGGGGGUCUCCGGAAACGCCAGGACACCGCUUCCCUGGAGGACCGAGACAAGCCGUAUGUCUGUGAUAUCUGUGGGAAACGGUAUAAGAACCGGCCGGGGCUCAGCUACCACUACACCCACACCCACCUGGCUGAGGAGGAGGGGGAAGAGAACGCCGAACGCCACGCCCUGCCCUUCCACCGGAAAAACAACCAUAAACAGUUUUACAAAGAAUUGGCCUGGGUCCCUGAGGCACAGAGGAAACACACAGCCAAGAAGGCGCCCGAUGGCACUGUCAUCCCCAAUGGCUACUGUGACUUCUGUCUGGGUGGCUCCAAGAAGACAGGGUGUCCCGAAGACCUCAUCUCCUGUGCUGACUGUGGGAGAUCAGGACACCCCUCGUGUUUACAGUUCACGGUGAACAUGACGGCGGCCGUGCGAACCUACCGCUGGCAGUGCAUUGAGUGCAAGUCCUGCAGCCUGUGUGGCACCUCGGAGAACGACGGUGCCAGCUGGGCGGGUCUCACCUCUCAGGACCAGCUGCUGUUUUGUGAUGACUGCGAUCGGGGUUACCACAUGUACUGCCUGAGUCCCCCCAUGGCGGAGCCCCCGGAAGGGAGCUGGAGUUGUCACCUCUGUCUUCGGCACCUGAAAGAGAAGGCCUCUGCCUACAUCACCCUCACCUAGGCCUGGCUCUGGCCCCCCGGACCUCUGGGGUGGUGCUUGCCUGCCUUCCUCUCGGAGCGCCUCUACUCUCGCUUCCCCCUUAAUGCCCCACAGUGGGAGGAGGAGAGGGAAAGCCUGCGGGGCCGGGCCACCCCUUCCCUCUGUGCAAGUGGAAUGUUUGCCCUCUGGGUUAGGGGGCCAGCAAGGCCCCUCUCCCUCCCUCCCUCCUUCCCCAUCCCUUGGCACAUGGGCACCAGGGGCUUCUGCUCCCCUCAAAGCCAUACCCCGCCUCUGGGCGGGCAUGAGGGGGUGAUGGAUGCCAGCCCGGGGAAUGGAUACAGCCUUUUUCUAAAGAAAAAGUCAAAAAGUUAAAAAAAAAAAGAAAAAAAAGAAAUUAAUAUAUACAGAGUCCUCUAAGGCCUGGCUGGGUGGAGGGGGCCGUGCUGAGCACAUUCACCUGGCACCGUCUAUGCCAGCUUCCUGCCUAGAGGCCCCUCUCCUCAUUUCUGGAGUUGCAGCUGUCCCAUCUCCCACCCAAGGUGGGCACCAUUCCUGCCUUGUGCCCAGGGCAAGGGGCUGUGGUGUCCACCCCUCGCCCCCUCCUGGUGCCCACUGCGGAUACUGCAUGAUGUGACCCAUGGUUUUGAAGUCUGUUCCUGCCCUGAGAGCCCCGCCUGCGCCCACCCUGCCUGCCGCAGCUGGUGGGCGUCGCCAGUGGGGCAAGGCCAGCCCCUGCCCAGCGCCUGCUGGAAUGAGAAGCACAGACUCUGCAACGGACUAGUUUUCCCUCCUUCCUCUGCCCCCAUUCCCCACCGGCCAGGCCGGGCUGCCCUGGCCACGCUCGCUGGCCAUUUUGGGGUAGUGACGGGGCGUGGUUGUUUCUUGUGGUUGUGUUUGUUGUUUGGUUUUAAAAAAAGGGAAACUGAGACUGCAAGCGGGAGAGGUGGUGGGUUUGGGGGUCUCCCUGGAUCCAGGCAUGCCCUGCCUUGUAAAUGAGUCUCCUUCAUUGCCUGCCUCUGCUGUGAAUUAACUUGUUCUGUGUAUUAAACUGGGCCUGACUCCUCUG